AUGAAUUUGAGAGAUGGUCAAACAGAAAAGAUAGAAAAGGACUUUUCACGAUUGUUGGAGAGAUAUAAUCGUUCGAAAUAAGUGAUCGAUUAAUUGUGUUAAUCGGGCGGGAAGAAUGAUACUACAAUACGUUCUGACAAAAAUUACAAGGAGGACAAAGAAAAGGAGUACGUAUCAAGAGACAAGUAUAACAAAAUGAGAAGUUUAAAUAAAGAGCUUAAAAUAACUCUUAAGGAAUAUAUUGAUCAAACAAAGGAACUGGAAUCCACAAUUAGAGGCAAAGAUGAUCUUAUCGAAAAGUAUGAGAAGGAACUAAGAGAAUAAUAGGAGAAUCUGUAUAAUCAAUUGCAAGAAUAGAAGGAAUAGAUUUUGAAAGAAGAUUAACAAACACGAACUGCUGAAGAACUAAAAGCCUAAUUAUCAUAGGCUAAAUAGAAAUUGAUGAAAAAGAAAGCAAAAAUUCAAUUACUAAAAGAAUCUCAAAAAAAGAAUGAUAGUAAGUUCGAAGAUUAGAGACUAGGAUUCCAAUAAGAAUUGGACAGAGUGUAGAAAUUGUGUGAGGACUUCUCAAUUGAAAUAAAAGAUUCAGAAAAGAGACUAAUUUGUUUGAGUGAUGAAAAUGAGCAUUUUAAAUAGCUGCUGGAUUAAAAGGAGGAAGAUAGAAGAUAUUUAGAAAUGAUGAUUUAAGAAGAGAGGGAAAACACAAAUAAAAUAAGAGCUAAAAUUUAAGAAUUUAUGGAUGAGAAAAAGAUUUUGUAAAUUACAAUAGAAAAUUAAGGGAAGAGAGUUUAAGACUUAGAGGAACAAUUAAGAUAAGCUGAUACGAGAUAUCAAAUGUUGUAGGGGAAAUUAGAUUAAGAGAAACAAGGAUUGAUUGGUGAAUUGCAAGAGACAUUGUAGAAAAAGAAAUAAAAAACUAAAUAGAUGCAAUCCUAUAUCUAGCAAUUAGAGUAGAAAUUACAAGAAAAAUCAAAAGAAGAUAUUAUAGUUAAUAAACAAAUAUAAGACUUACAAGGUGAAUAGAUGAGGUUGCAUUCUUAACUUGAGGAGUAGAAACACAAAACUGAUUAAGCACUCAAUGAGACUUAAUUUAAAGUUCAAGAAGUAAGAGAUCUUAAAGGAGAAAUGGAGAAAUAUAGAUAGAGUCUCUAAAUUUAGGAUGAAAAAAUAUCAAAAUAUGAUGUUCAAUACUAGAUCGAUUAGAAAGAGAAAUAAAGAUUACAUCAUGAAAUUGAGAUUUGUGAAUAAGAGAAUAGAAAAUUAUAGCAUUUGUUAUACGAACAAGAUAGAGAGAUUGACUACAUGAGACAAUAAUAAGAAUAAGAGAUCUUACAUAUUGAGAAGAAGGUUGAUUCUCUGGUUACAGAAGUGCAUGUUGCUAGGGAAGAGGCAAAUGAAUGGAAGCGAAAUGCUUCUGAUUUGAAAAGAUAGUUAUAAUAACAAGAAGAACAUACUAAUUAAUUCAAAGCAAAGUAUCUGAAGAGCAAAUAGAAUUCAAAGAAUCUAGAGAAUGAAUAAAAAUUUCUUGAAGAAAAAGUGAAAUCUUUGGAAAAUGAAAAAUUGCUUGGGGAGAGAGAAGCUUUGAAAAAUACGGUAGUUUAAUAAAAAUACGUUCAAUAAAGUAAAAUAAAGGUACUUGAUGAAAUCUAGAACAUGAUCAAGUAGCAUAAAUAUAGAGAAUGA